UUUGUCUCAGAAACCCAGAACAGCAGCCGUGCUCUUCACCUCCAUCACCUUCAGCUCCAGACAUUUACAUUGAGCCGCCAUGAGGGCCCCUCACGUCCUGCUGCUGUGUGUCCUGGGAGCUGCACUGCUCUCCUCAGUGCUCUGCAACCAUGCACUGGGUCCCAUUGCCUGCUGCUCUGGUUUUUACCAAGGAAAACUGAAGAGAGCUCAAAUCAGUUCCUAUCAGUUGACUGAUCCGAGGUGUCCGAAGAAGGCCGUCGUUUUCACGACACAGAAUUCUCGUAAAUUCUGUAUGCGUCCAACGCUCGGAUGGGUUCAGAGCAUCAUGAAACAAUUGGAUGAAGAAAACUUGUAAACCAGCUGCCCGUCUGCAAAUCAACAAAACAAAAAGAAGUUACUCCUUUGUCUGUUGCUGCAUCAAAUCAAAUUCUGUGAAAUGAUUUCACUGUUAAAGUGCAAACCCGCCAUGACUGAUCCCAGCUUCUGUCUGCUCACUGUCUUUUGUGUGUGUAUUAUCCACAAUUAUGAUAAACAAUAAACAUUUUACAUUUACAGUU